UCUGCGAAAUGGCUCGUCCAAAAAUUUGGAGGCACAAGCGUCGGGAAGUUCGCAGUCAAGAUUGCUGAAGACAUUGUUUCAAAUUACAUCGACCAACAUAAGGUCGCUAUCGUCUGCUCUGCACGAUCAGGUUCAACAAAAGCCCUAGGGACUACGAACCUCCUGCUGCGUGCAUCAUCAGAGGCACUUCAGCGGCGAACCUUUUUCCAUGCGACGGUGGAGCUCCUAAGGCAGGAGCACAUCAACGCUGCACAGGCGUCUAUUCGCGAUCCAGAAAUACUCCUGGAGCUUCAGGAGGAGAUUGACAGGGACUGCGAAUGGCUUCGAAGCUACCUCUUCGCAGCAAAGAUUAUCGAUGAGAUAUCCCCAAGAUCCAAGGAUAACAUCAUUGGCCUUGGCGAACAACUGGCGUGUAAAUUCAUGACAGCAGUUCUCAGGGAUCAAGGAAUCGACGCUGAGUACGUCUCACUGGACGACGUUGUCCCUCCCUUCGACGACAGCGACGAAACAACAACACUCACACAAGAUUUCUACGACUCGCUCGCCGAUGCACUGGGCGAACGCAUCAAGCAAUGCGGUCCCCGCGUCCCCGUCGUCACCGGGUUCUUCGGCCCCGUCCCAGGCUCUCUACUCCAUCAAGUCGGGCGCGGGUACACCGAUCUUGCCUCCGCCCUGCUCGCAGUUGGUCUUCAGGCAUCAGAGCUCCAGAUCUGGAAAGAGGUCGACGGAAUAUUCACCGCAGACCCACGCAAAGUGUCCACUGCGCGCCUCAUCCCCGUCAUCUCCCCCGAAGAGGCUGCGGAGUUGACAUAUUACGGGAGCGAGGUCGUCCAUCCGUUCACUAUGGAGCAAGCUAUUAGACGUAAGAUCCCCAUAAGGAUCAAGAACGUCGAGAACCCUAGUGGUGGUGGUACAGUUAUCCACCCUGACACAGACGCAGACUCGGAGCCUGCGUCUCCCAAGUCAUCAUCGCUUGUGGAACGCAAGCGGCUUCCGACAGCCGUUACUAUCAAAGAGCACAUCGUAGUGCUCAACGUCAAUUCCAACAGAAAGAGUGUUUCUCAUGGUUUCCUUGCAGGGAUCUUUGGCACACUUGACCGAUUUGGGGUUGUGGUGGACUUGAUCAGCACCAGUGAGGUGCACGUCAGUAUGGCCAUUGAAGACGGGCUAGCCAAGAAGUUGCUCGAUCGACUGAUCAAAGAGCUCAAGAAGAGCGGGACUGUCUCCAUCCACCGUGAGAUGGCCAUCCUCUCGUUGGUAGGGAAGCAGAUGCGCAAUAUGGUCGGCAUCGCAGGGAAGAUGUUCUCCACCCUCGCGCAGGGUAACAUCAACAUUGAGAUGAUCAGCCAAGGAGCGAGCGAGAUCAACAUUUCAUGUGUUAUUGAGGGGAGAGACGCGAUGAAGGCUUUGAACCUCAUUCAUCAACGGUGUUUGCAGGUUGAGCCAGAGGGGCCAAGAGGG